AUGAGACAGGUAUUUGACCAUCCUGUCCAGGGACAGAACGCAGCCAAGCGACUGGAUAACCUCACGCAGGGAGGACGGAGUGUCGCAGAUUAUGCUGUCGAGUUCCAGACCCUGGCGGCCGAAUGUGACUGGAACAAUUCGGCCCUCUGUUAUCAUUUCCAGAACGGCUUAAACGAGGAGCUUAAGGAUGAGCUAGCCCCUAAGGAGGAGAUGAGAUUCCUGAAAGAGCUCAUCGACCUGACGAUCCAGUUGGACAACCGGCUCCGGGAGUGCCGGAGAGAAAAGAGAACCCAGGCCUCCUCGACCCAUCGGCCCUGCCUCCCAAUCCAGCCUCGGUCCCCCUAUCCCGGCACCACCGGCCCUCCUUCCAGAAUCAGCCCACCUUGCCCCGCAGUUACUCAGAACCGGCCGUUGCCCUCUGCCCCAGUCCAGUCCACGUCGGGGGAGGAACCCAUGCAGCUUGCUGGGAAAAGCCGCGGCUCACCAGUGACCGGGGAGGUCCUGGUGAGCCGAACCAUGCUUUCCUCCCCGUCGACUCACUUCCGGGUGACAACCACCCUCGAGUGGAGAGAUCACCAGCGCUCAGUCGUGGCGUUGGUGGACUCGGGAGCAGAGGGUAACUUCAUAGACGAGUCCUUGGUUCGACAACUACAAAUCCCCACAGUACCCAUCCACCCUCCCCUCUCAGCCUUCUCCCUUAAUGGCCGCCGUCUAGCCCAUAUCAAGGUUCAAACCGUCCCCAUCACCAUCCGCAUUUCUGAAUACCAUGAUUUAGCCCCCGCGUUCGAUAAGGAUCAGGCCCUCUCCCUUCCUCCCCACCGACCAUACAACUGCGCCAUUGAGUUCCAGAAGGACGCCCCCCUGCCUAGUGGAAAACUGUACAACCUCUCCAAACCAGAACAAAGAGCAAUGGAAGAUUAUAUUAAGGAGUCGUUGGCAGCAGGGCUAAUUCGUCCCUCAACCUCCCCUGUCGGUGGGUUUUUCUUCGUGGGGAAAAAGAAUGGAGGACUGCGCCCCUGUGUGGACUACCGGGGGAUCAACCAGAUUACCGUCCACAAUAAAUAUCCCCUUCCCCUUCUGGACUCAGCCUUCACCCCGCUUCACGGUGCCACCAUCUUUACCAAACUGGACCUACGCAACGCAUACCACCUGGUCCGGAUUCAGGAGGGAGAUGAAUGGAAGACAGCCUUUAACACUCCCUUGGGCCACUUCGAGUACCUAGUCAUGCCCUUUGGCCUUACCAACGCCCCGGCUGUCUUCCAGCAUCUAGUCAAUGAUGUGCUGCGCGACUUCCAGAACUGGUUUGUCUUCGUAUACCUUGAUGACAUCCUGAUCUUCUCCAGCAGCUUGGAGGAGCACCGUCAGCACGUGCGGAGGGUAAUUGAAUGCCUCAGCGAGAACCGCCUUUUCCUGAAAGCGGAGAAGUGCGUGUUCCACGUGUCAACGGUGCCCUUCCUGGGGUACAUCAUCGGUGCUGGGAAGAUCAGAAUGGACCCGGCCAAGGUAGCGGCGGUGGAGGGCUGGCCGGAGCCCAGGGACCGUAAACAGCUCCAGCGGUUUCUGGGCUUCACCAACUUCUACCGCCGCUUCAUCCGGAACUACAGCCAAAUCACUGCACCACUGACCGCCCUCACCUCCACCUCCCAUAAAUUCGCCUGGUCCCCCGCAGCCCGCACCGCCUUCCAGACCCUCAAAGACCGGUUCACUUCCGCCCCAAUCCUGGUCCAGCUGGACCCUGGCCUGCAGUUCGUUGUGGAGGUGGAUGCCUCGGACACCAGAGUGGGGGGCGGUGCUUUCGCAGCGCACCGGCGGAGACGAAAAACUCCACCCGUGCGCCUUCUACUCCCGAAAACUCUCCCCGGCCUAGAAGAACUAUGCGGUAGGAGAUCGGGAACUACUUGCAGUGAAGCUGGCCCUGGAGGAGUGGCGGCACCGGCUGGAGGGGGCAGAACAGUCGUUCCUGGUGUGGACCGACCAUAAGAACCUCCAAUACCUCCGGUCGGCCAAGU